GACAGGUGGAAGUGUGUUGAUGGCGUCGAGCAGCAGCAGAGCUGAAGACGUUCAGUUUGCUCUGCAGAGGGCAAAGAAGAAGAUCAGCAACCUGCAGCGGCAACUCAACGAAGAAACCAGUUCAUUGAGUCCAGCUGAGACCGCCAUAACAUCAUGGACGCCCAGCAAGGAGCUCCGGGACUCUCUGGUGGACAUGUACACAGCUAAUCCCAGAGUGAACGUGGAGCUGCAACAGCGUCUGCCUUCACCUGGCCGGCAGAGAGCCAGCAGCACGGACAGAACGAGGAUCAGCCGGAGUCUGGAGCACAGCGACUGGCCUGAAGCUCCUCCUCACCUUCAGGAGCCUCCCACAUCCUCCUCCACGCCUCUGCUGUCCCACAGGAAGUCUCUCUCUCCGGUCUCACCCCUCUUCAACAGAAGGUCUCUCUCUCCUGUGUCACCCCUCUCCCAGAGGAGGUCUCUCUCUCCCGUCACACCCCUUUCCCACAGGACGUCUCUCUCUCCUGUGUCACCCCUCUCCCACAGGAGAGGAGGCGUAGGUGAGAUAGAGAUGGACCUACCCCCCAGCCCAGGACCCUCUCCUCGGGCAGAGAGCAGAGGAGACGAUGGAGGACGAGCGUCUAGAGGUCCUGGUAGUCCUGCUGUCAGAAGACACCUGGUCAAGACUGACGACAGCUCUCAUCAGGAGGUCACGUUCGGUCCAAUCACAACGCCCAGUCGGGUUCAGACUAUAGAUCGGAACAAAAACAUCUCGUUUUUACUUAAGGAGCUCGACGCUCUGAGAGACAUCAACAAGAAGCUGCAGGAUCAGCUUGUCCAGAAGGAGAAGGAACUGCAGAGGAGGGAGGUGGAGGAAGAGCUGACUGAGGAGCAGAGGGAGGCCCAAGGCUGGGAGAGGCCGACAGCUGUCCUAGAGGAGGUGUUGUCCGCUCAGAAGGACAGAGAUCAGGCUCUGAUGUCACGCCUAUUGCUGGCCAAUGAGGAGAGAGACGAGGCUCUGCUGAGAGCACGCCAACUGCAGCAGGCCGCUGAGUUGGACAGUUUUCACCUGGAUGACAGUGACAUGGACGUCGAGGAGCUUCUUCAGGGCGUUUGUGACGCAGAGUCUGUGCAGGACGUCCAACAGUUCGGCUCCGUUCUGGUCCAGCGCCUGCAGAUGGCGAGGCAACGGAGACAUGACAUCACCGCCCAGGAGAUGAAGGCCGUGAUGGAGGAGAGAGACGGCUCCAUCGCCAAGGUGAGUCUGAUACCUGUCUGUCCUCUAACCUGUCUGUUCUCUUUCAUGUCUGUCCUCUUAUCUGUCUGUCCUCUGACCUGUCU